CUCAGCCCCCAUUCAGCUCGAGCUCCUUGGAUACAACAGCGCCCACAAGCGACUCACUCGAGCGGUCCGACGUGUACGAGUUAUUUAGCGGCCUCUUCGUUAAUUUUGCGGCGGACUAUAUCGUCUCGAACUUGGCCUAGCAUCUGUCCUUUUUGCGGACCUAUGAUUCCUGCUCGAGCACCCUUGGAGGGUGACAUAUCACAAAAUUACAAACGGAGAAGAAGCCUCAGUCCCACACCUACGUGGGAGGAUGCAAAUGAGCCCAAUGUUCCAGUUAUCGUCUCAAAUUUCCACCCAGAUACACGCUACGAUAUACCCGAGGAUGAAAUUGUCGAGAGUGAUGAUCUGGACGUUUCAGGAGAAACCGUCGCAGAGACCAGCUCGGAUGAUGCUCCAGUGCGCAUUCUGACAGAUUUUUCUGUCUACGAAUGGCAUACCCGGCACUUGGUGAACGUCGCGGAACUUCUCGGUCUCGACAGCGAGUUAGAGGAUACAAUUGUUUUCGGUGCCUCAGGCCUUGUACUUCCCUAUGCUGGGGAAGACGAUGACAAUGCUGAAAUGGAUCAAGAUGAGACUGGAACUGAUGCCUCUAGUGAACUCCAUGACGCUGAACCGAGCAGAGUCAAAUUAUCCCAAAUCCUGGAGUUCAACGUUCAUUUUAUUUCCUCUUCCCCUGAGCCUUUGCAUAUUGAUCCGAAGAUGUAUCUACGAACUGCUUACGCAUGGUACAUUCUUGACAGACCAGCUGAUUCAUACUACAUUUAUUUUGUAGAUUAUUGGAUCAAGCAUCGAUUACUUCAUCUAGUCAUUCACACGAGCUUGCAGGAUCGGACCGUUGAUCUCAAGCAAUUUAUUGGACUAUUGCAUAUCACUCCGGAAUCUCCAGACAGUGUUGCCUGUGCCUACAGAUUCCUAUAUAGAGAGCUCAAACAGCAAGAUCUCGAGUGCGACGAUGUGAAAGCCUACAUUCAAGCGAACCUCGAGGAUGUAUAUGGACAAAACAGCCGACUGCGGCGUGCUCUUUCACACGUUCCGCUUGUGGCAUCUUUGCGGGGUAUUGAUGCGCAAGCCAAAAAGAAGGCAAAGAAAUGUGUGCGGAAAGCAGAGAAGACAGGGCCACUGAAGCGGCUGAAGGACAUAGAGAAGGAAGUCUUACAACAUCGCAACAAGACUGUUGUGACUCCAAUAGUCGCUCGCAUUGCGAGCGGACUCUUCAAACAGACUCUCCGAAUCACUGGGAAGUCACUUGAAGCAAAUGAGAUUGGUUCAAUUGAAUCCACUCCUGACGGCACACGCCUUACCCAUCAAACGGAUCCUUCCCUCAUAGAAUGGAUUGAUCGUAUUGCUCCGAACCACUAUAGGACAGUCAGACUUGACGGCGUUCUGUAUUCUAUCGGCGACCCUGUGAUCGUAGAGAAGGGUGAAGACCGUAACGCUACUAGAGAGCGGAAUGCGGCCUCGUCAUCGGCCCGUAGCCGCAAUCGGCUCGCUAAUCAGAAAUGGUUUUGCGAAAUCUGUUACAUGUUCGAGAAAGUUGAGAACGGGAGAGCACGGAAGUACUUCCAUGGCCGUUGGUUGCAGCAUGGCUCGCAAACACUCCUCCAAGAAACAGCUCACGCAAAUGGAUUAUUUUAUUUGGAUGAAUGCGAUGAUCUACCACUGGAGUGUAUCUACAGCCAUUGCGAUUUGCAGAUCCUCCGAGGAGACGAGGUCGAACCUGUUGACGAACCUGGUGAAAGGUUCCAUACGUGGCUCACAUGGGAUCCGGAUGCGUGCUCUCUCAAAAAUGUGCAUGAGGACGCCCGCUCAUCUAGACUCCAAGCAUGUAAGCCCUGGAAGCGCUGUUAUUCAUGUGGCCUGCGCUCGGAACGCAAGAAGCAAUGCGCGUGGACGCUUCUACCCGAUGGCGGCAUAUCGCGACACAAUGUUGACUACCAUAUCAACGAUUGCGUAUACCUCUCAACCUCGCAUCUGCAAGCGAAGCCACUACUAUAUGAGAUUGGUCAAAUCGUUGAUUUUCGCCGUGAUGAACAAGGACACGUUCGCAAGAUCAAGGUUCGCCGAUUUGGCAGGCACGAUCUUGUGCCCGAGUCAUCGGACGAACCUCGCAUCAAAGACGAUCGUCGUCUCUUCCUCACUGCGGAUACCGUCAAUGUGGCACCUGAGGAUAUUGAGGGAAAGGCAUUCAUUACGUGUGCCACAGGCAAGAGACGUGAAGAUUGGUUGCGGCACGAAGAUCAUUUCUACGUUGAUUGCGUUUCAGAAUCCAUUGAAAUCGCAACGACAGACGAGUUACAGCCUCUGUCAUCAAUACCGCGUUGUGAACCCUGCUGGAAAGAACGACGGGCUGAGCUAGAUACGGCUCAUCGCCUCCUGACUGCACGGGGACCACUUCGUGGGUUAGAACUUUUUGCUGGUGCAGGCGGCCUAUCAACAGGUCUCGAGCUCGCUGGGUUUGUGCAGACGCGGUGGGCUGUGGAGUUUUCUCCAAGUGCAGCGCUCACGUUUCAGAGGAAUCACCCCGAGGCGGUGGUGUAUAACCAGGACACCAACUUGCUGUUGAAGCACGCAAUUGAGACCGCUGAAGGCCGAGAACCACAACCAUUGGCCGGUCUAAAUUCCAGGUCUAAAACUCGACCAUUACCGCCUAUGCCGACUCCAGGGGAAGUAGACUUUAUCUUCGGAGGACCCCCAUGUCAGAGCUUCUCCCUAAUGAACCAUCAUAGAAGCGCUGAUGACAUCAGAAACACACUUAAUGUGACAGGCCUCCUAUCAUUUCCUCUCCACGGCGAACAAUCCGGACGCAAGGUUGUUAACGGGAUCAAAAUGGGCGUAGUCAAAUUCAUUGUUCGAGCAUUAGUUUGUCUUGGAUACCAGGUGCACUUUAAGGUGUUACAAGCUGGCCAAUAUGGUGCUCCUCAAAGCCGGCGACGAGUAAUCUUCUGGGGGGCCAAGCGUGGCCUACCGCUGCCAAAGUUUCCCAUGCCUUUGCAUAGCUUCCCAAAAAGCAUGCAUUUAUUCAAACUACCGACAGGAGACGUUUUGUACCCGGUGACACGUGCAGUGACGAGUGAUGAGGAUAGCACAGGCGAUGACUAUCGCCAGCUGGCUCCGUUGUUGCCUGUUACAGUGGACAACGCUAUCAGUGAUCUGCCAGCAUUUGAUUGGGUGAAUCCCUACCAAGUACUGUGUGCUACACAUAAGGACCUCAAGGAGAUAAAAAAUCGCCAUGCUGACAGUAUCCCCAGCUUUGACGCUGUGACGUCAAGAGACGAUGACCUCCCAGGAUUCAACAAGCCUGAGCGCUAUGCGUGUCCGCCUCUCAGCCGAUAUCAAACAUGGAUUCGUCGGAAUGGAGCUUCAAAGGUCGACCAUCACUACACACGCCGUUUCCCACCAUCAACUGUGGAGCGUGUAUGCAACGUACCGAUGUGGCCAACAAGGGAGCAUCCAGACAAGCAGUACCCGGAUCACCUCGCUUUGCCCGAAAAGUUGCGGUUGAAAAGAUGUUAUGGUUCUGAUGGGCUGCCUCUACGUCACUAUCGGGGCAUCUAUGGCCGGGUCAACGGACGUGGCUACUUUCUCACCGCCAUGACGACCGUAUCUCCUAGUUCCAAGGGAGGUCGGCUUCUACAUCCUACGCAAAAGCGAAUCGUGUCUGUACGAGAGUGCGCGCGCGCACAGGGCUUCCCAGAUUCAUAUCAGUUCCUCUCCGUCAACGAGAGAAUUCCAGACAAGGUGGCAGAUCAAUAUCGCCAGAUUGGAAACGCAGUGCCUGUACCAUUGGCGCUCGUAUUGGGAAGGGAAUUGGGCAAGGCGUUGGUUGAGUACUGGCUAUCGCAAGAGCAGAUCGAGCAAGGCGCAAGAUCAGAGAGCCCAGAGGUAUAAUUGUACAACAUUAGCCAAGAUAUGUGACAGUGCAUUAGA